AUGGAGACGGGGAUCAGCCGUAGUCCCAAACCCAUGGGCACGGCUCAGGGGGACCCUGGGGAAGUGACCCCCCUGCCGGGCCAGGAGGCCACCACGGGGGUGGUGGACGCGAGCGCGAGCACCCCGCUGAAGACGAUGACGACGAUGGCCACGACGAAGCCCAGGAAGGUGCGCAAGAUCAAGGCGCUCAUCAUCGACCUGGGCACGCAAUACUGCAAGUGCGGCUACGCGGGCGAGCCCCGGCCCACCUACUUCAUCUCGUCCACCGUGGGCAAGCGCUUCGGCGGCGGCAGCGAGGGGGGCGCGGCCGACGCGGGCGACACCCGGCGGGACACCCUGGUGGGCCACGAGCUGCUGCUGCACCCCGAAACGCCCCCCAAGCUGGUGAACCCGCUGCAGCACGGCGCCGUGGUGGACUGGGAAUGCGCGCAGAGCAUCUGCGACUACGUCUUCCACACGGCCAUGAAGAUCGCGCCCGAGGAGCACGCCGUGCUGGUGUCCGACCCGCCGCUCGGCCCCAAAGGCAACCGGGAGAAGUACGCCGAGCUGCUGUUCGAGACCUUCGGCGUGCCGGCCAUGCACAUCGCCUGCCAGUCCCUCCUGUCCAUCUACUCGUACGGCAAGACGUCGGGGCUGGUGGUGGAGAGCGGCCACGGCGUGUCGCACGUCGUGCCCAUCUCCGAGGGCGACGUGCUGCCCGGCCUGACGGUGCGCGCCGACUACGCGGGCGGCGACCUCACCCGCUACCUGCUGCGGCUGCUCAACCAGGCGGGCCACGCCUUCGGCGACGACCACCUGCACAUCAUGGAGCACAUCAAGAAGAAGUGCUGCUACGCCGCCCUGCAGCCCGACGACGAGGCCUGCCUGGGCCUGGACGACCUGCGCGUCGACUACGAGCUCCCCGACGGCAAGCUCAUCACCAUCGGCCAGGAGCGCUUCCAGUGCGCCGAGAUGCUCUUCCAGCCCUCGCUGGCGGGCUGCAGCGAGCCCGGCCUGCACGCGCUCACCACCGCCUGUCUGGAUAAGUGCCAGGAGGCGGGCUUCAGGGAGGAGAUGGCCGCCAACGUCUUGCUCUGCGGCGGCUGCACCAUGCUCGACGGCUUCCCCGAGCGCUUCCAGAAGGAGCUGAGCCUCCUGUGUCCCGGAGACAGGCCCUCCGUGUCGGCCGCCCCCGAGAGGAAGACAUCCGUGUGGACCGGAGGCUCCAUCCUGGCCUCCCUGCAGGCCUUCCAGCAGCUCUGGGUCAGCAAGGAGGAGUUCGUGGAGCGGGGGAGUGCGGCCAUCUACAGCAAGUGCUGA